AUGUCAUUUCUUAGUUCCAGCAACGUCAACGUAACGCAGGGAACAGUCCAGGACCUUCAAAAUGACGUGGUGGUAGGAAAUGGACCAGAAGAUUCCAUCAGUGAUUUGGCCUUCUCACCACAGGCUGAACUGCUGGCGGUAGCUUCGUGGGACAAGAAAGUUAGGGUUUAUGAAGUUCUUCCAACUGGUACGACGGAAGGAAGAGCUCUGUACGACCACGAGUCCCCUGUUCUAGCUGUGCAUUGGUCUCCCGACGGCACUAAAGUGGCCACUGGAGCCGCCGAUCGUCAAGUACGCUUAUAUGAUGUUCAAACUGGUCAGGUUCAAAACUUGGGAAUGCACGAGGCUCCGGUCAAAGCACUUAGAUUUGUGGAAGUGGGCCCUACUUCUACACCUGUGGUAGUAUCAGGAGGCUGGGAUAAGACUUUGAGGUAUUGGGACCCCAGGUCAGCACAACCGAUGGCCACAGUGGCACUCCCUGAACGAGUAUACGCCAUGGACACUUCACAGAAAUUAUUGGUAGUAGCAACAGCAGAGCGCCACAUAGGAGUCAUUGAUCUAAAUCAACCACAACAGCUGUUCAAGCAAACCAUGUCUCCUUUGAAAUGGCAAACCCGUACAGUGGCAUGCUAUCCUCAAGGCAAUGGUUAUGCAAUUGGAUCGAUUGAAGGAAGAUGCUGUCUACAAUAUAUUGAUGCAACAGAACAGGCAAAAUCUGGCUUUUCAUUUAAAUGCCACCGAGUACCACGACCCGCUCCUGCCAAGGAGUCAGACGUUUACUCCAUAAACUCCAUUCGAUUUCACCCUGUCUAUGGAACAUUUUCUACAGCAGGUAGUGACGGAGCAUUCCAUUUUUGGGACAAAGAUCAAAAGCAUCGACUGAAAGGGUUCCCUGCCGGACCUACUAGCAUUUCGUCUACAGCAUUCAACAGAAAUGGUGGAAUUUUUGCCUACGCUUAUUCAUACGAUUGGAGUAAAGGCCCUGAAGGAAAUUCAGCAAAUACUCCAAUCCAAUUACGUUUACAUGCUACUAAAGAUGAAGAGGUCAAACAGCGAAACAAGAAGUAA